UUAAUUGAUGGCAAAAUGAAUAAUGUCACUGAGUUCAUCCUUCUGGGUUUGACUGGAAAUAUGGAGCUCCAGAAACUUUCAUUUGUUGUGUUUUUAAUUGUCUACUUGGUUACUUUGGCAGGCAACCUUCUCAUCAUGAUUACCAUCAGCACCAGCAGGGCCCUAGGAUCCCCCAUGUACUUCUUCCUGUUUUACUUAUCGCUUAUAGAUAUCUGCUGUUCUUCAUCCAUGACUCCUAAAAUGCUAGCUGAUUCUCUUUCUGUGAGAAAAGCUAUCUCCUUUAGUAAAUGCAUGACACAAGUCUUUGCUGAACAUCUUUUUGGUGCUGCUGAGAUUAUCCUUCUCACAGUGAUGGCUUAUGACCGCUAUGUGGCCAUUUGUAAACCCCUGAAAUACACCAUCAUCAUAAACCAACAGGUGUGUAGCCUCCUUGUGGGAGUGGCCUGGGCUGGAGGUUUUAUCCAUGCAACCAUUCAGAUCCUUUUCACAGUCUGGCUGCCCUUCUGUGGCCCCAAUGUCAUAGACCACUUUAUGUGUGACUUGAACCCUUUGGUGAAACUUGUUUGCAUGGACACCCACACCCUGGGUCUCUUUGUUGCUGCCAACAGUGGAUUAAUCUGUCUGUUAAACUUUCUCCUCUUGAUGGUGUCUUAUAUGGUCAUCCUUGACACUCUGAAAUCUCACAGCUUGGAUGGGAAGUGUAAAGCUCUGUCUACCUGUGUUUCUCAUGUCACUGUGGUCCUCUUAUUCUUUGUGCCCUGCAUAUUUGUGUAUCUGCGCCCAGUAACCACCUCUUCCAUUGAUAAAGCUGUGGCUGUGUUUUAUACCAUGAUAACACCUAUGUUAAAUCCUCUAAUCUACACCCUCAGAAAUGUAGAGGUGAAAAACGCUAUGAAAAAACUCUGGGUCAAAACUACUUCAAAGGAGAAAUAA